CCCGGUGGUGCAGCCCCCGGCGGUGCCCCCCGCCUCUCCGAGGGCUCCGCAGGCUCCGGGGGGCUGCGGAAGCCCAAACAAACCCUCUCCCACCGUGAUGACCGACGCCAUGGAGAUCGACGACGCUUUGUAUAGUCGACAAAGAUACGUUCUUGGCGACAUGGCGAUGCAGAAGAUGGCCAGGUCCCAUGUCUUCCUCAGCGGAAUGGGUGGCCUUGGAGUAGAGAUUGCUAAGAACAUCGUUCUUGCCGGAAUCAAGGCACUUACGGUUCACGACACCAAACAGUGCCAAGCCUGGGAUCUGGGAAGCAACUUCUUUCUCCAAGAAGAUGACGUUCGGAAUCUAAGGAACAGGGCGGAGGCCACGCUCCCUCACGUUGCCGAGCUGAAUCCCUACGUCCUGGUCACGUCGUCCUCGACGCCUUUGGAUGAAGCCACGGACCUCUCCUUCCUCAGGCAGUAUCAGUGUGUGGUGUUGACUGAGAUGAGGCUUUCGCUUCAGAAGAAGAUCAACGACUUUUGCCACGCUCAGCAGCCUCCUAUUAAGUUUAUCAGUGCAGAUGUGCAUGGGAUUUGGUCACGUUUGUUUUGUGACUUUGGCGAUGAGUUUGAAGUGCUGGAUUCAACGGGAGAAGAACCAAAGGAGAUCUUCAUUUCCAACAUUACGCAGGCAAAUCCCGGCAUCGUGACUUGCCUCGAAAACCACCCCCACAAGCUGGAAACAGGACAGUUCGUAACCUUCCGGGAAAUUAAUGGGAUGACUGCAUUAAAUGGGUCUACGCAACAAAUAACAGCGGUGUCGCCAUUUUCUUUCAGCAUUGGCAACACAGCAGAAAUGGCUCCCUACCUGUACGGAGGCAUAGCCGUCCAAGUGAAGAGAUCGAAAACCUUUCACUUUGAGCGGUUGGAGAAGCAACUGACAAAGCCAACUUACCUUCUUGCUGACUUCAGCAAACCGGAGGCCCCGCUGCAGAUUCACAGUGCCAUGCUGGCCCUGGACCAAUUCCAGGAGAGGUACGGCCGCAAGCCCAACAUUGGGUGCCGUCAAGAUUCAGAAGAGAUGUUGAAACUGGCAGCAUCCAUAAGUGAAACCGUGGAAGGAAAGCCGGAAGUGGACGACGACAUCGUGAAUUGGCUCUCUUGGACGGCUCAAGGCUUCUUAGCCCCCCUGGCCGCCACCCUGGGGGGCGUGGCCAGCCAGGAAGUCCUGAAAGCCGUCACGGGCAAGUUUUCGCCCUUGCGCCAGUGGUUGUUUAUCGAGGCAUCGGACAUCGUGGACUCCCUAGACAACCCGAGCAGGGACGACUUCCUCCCCCGAGGAGAUCGCUAUGACGCCCUCCGAGCCUGCAUCGGCGACUCGUUGUGUCAAAAGCUGCACAGUCUGAACGUCUUCUUGGUUGGCUGUGGUGCUAUAGGUUGUGAGAUGCUAAAGAACUUCGCCCUCCUGGGAGUCGGCAGCGGGAAAGAGCGAGGCCUGGUGACCAUUACAGAUCCUGACUUGAUAGAAAAGUCCAACUUGAACAGGCAGUUUCUAUUUCGGCCCCGUCACAUCCAGAAACCGAAAAGCUGCACCGCCGCCACCGCCACCCUGAACAUCAACGCCCAGCUGAAGAUCGACCCGCACCUCAACAAGGUCUGCCCGCUCACCGAGGCCCUCUACAACGACGAGUUCUACACGCGGCAGGACAUCGUGGUGACGGCCCUGGACAACGUGGAGGCCAGGAGAUACGUGGACAGCCGCUGCGUAGCAAACCUGCGUCCCCUUUUAGAUUCUGGAACAAUGGGCACAAAAGGGCACACCGAGGUGAUCGUGCCUCACCUGACAGAGUCCUACAACAGCCACCGAGAUCCCCCAGAAGAAGAAAUACCUUUUUGCACUUUAAAAUCUUUUCCAGCUGCUAUAGAACAUACCAUCCAGUGGGCUAGAGACAAGUUUGAAAGUUUGUUUUCCCACAAGCCCUCCUUGUUUAACAAAUUUUGGCAAACGUACUCAUCUGCUAAAGAAGUGUUACAGAGGAUAGAAUCUGGAGAGAGUCUGGAAGGCUGCUUUCAGGUGGUUAAAUCACUUCAUAGAAGACCCAGAAACUGGCCCCAGUGCGUGGAGUUAGCAAGAAUGAAAUUUGAAAAAUACUUUAAUCAUAAGGCUCUUCAGCUGCUUUACUGCUUUCCUCUGAACACCCGGUUAAAAGACGGCAGUUUGUUCUGGCAGUCCCCGAAGAGACCACCCUCGCCGAUAACAUUUGAGUUGAACGACCCGUUGCACUUCAGCUUCAUCCAGAACACAGCCAGACUGUUGGCUACCAUCUACUGCAUCCCGUGUACGGAAAAGGACCUGUCGAUGGAAACUCUGGCGGCCAUCCUCUCCUCGGUACCGAUACAGGAGUUCAGACCAUCAAACAAGGUUGUGCAGACCGACGAGACGGCGAGAAAGCCCGACCAGGCUCCCGUGAGCAGCGAGGACGAGAGGGUGGCCAUUUUCCAGCUGAAAAAAGCCAUUGCCGCCCAAGAGGCUACCAAAAACGACCUGCAGAUGAAGGUGCUCUCUUUCGAAAAAGACGACGACAAGAACGGACACAUCGAUUUCAUCACGGCGGCGUCCAAUCUCCGGGCCAAGAUGUACAGUAUCGAGCCGGCCACCCGCCUCAAAACGAAGCGCAUCGCCGGCAAGAUCAUCCCCGCCAUCGCCACGGCCACGGCCGCGGUGUCCGGCUUGGUGGCCCUGGAGUUGAUCAAAGUGGCAGGGGGCCACCCUUUCGAAGCGUACAAGAACUGCUUCCUCAACUUAGCCAUUCCCAUCAUCGUGUUUUCCGAACCCACGGAAGUCAGGAAAACGGCCAUCAGGAACGGAAUCACCUUCACCAUCUGGGACAGGUGGACCAUCUGUGGCAAAGAAGAUUUCACCCUCUUGGAUUUCAUCCACGCCGUCAGGGAGAAGUAUGGAAUUGAGCCGACGAUGGUCGUGCAAGGCGUCAAGAUGCUGUAUGUGCCCGUCAUGCCCGGACACAUUAAGAGGUUGAAGCUGACGAUGCACAAGCUGGUGAAGCCGUCAUCCGAUAAGAAGUACGUGGAUCUGACCGUGUCGUUCGCCCCGGAGACGGACGGGGAGGAGGAUCUCCCCGGCCCCCCCGUGAGAUACUACUUCAGCCAAGGGAACGUCUGACCGCCCGCCUCCCGCCGGCGGUCCCCGAGGACCGGACCCCGGCUGCGGCAACGGAACGGCCGCCGCGUGGAAUGACGGAUCGCUCUUCGGUGAAGCCUUAACUUAAAACGAAAACAAAAAAAAUGACCUGCAGAAGUCGGCAGUGAACCUCGCCGGAGAGCUGUCCGACGAGCCCCCUCCCGCUCAGCCUUCAGGGUCCCUCUGUUCUGUUUAUUUGUGCGUUUACCUGUCAUCCCCCGCCCGCCCGGGUCUCCGGGAUCAUAGGAAUGUGAAGCAGCCAUUUUAUGAUAUUUGAUGGAACCGAGAUGUGGGGGUUGCCCCGGGGAGGGGAAAGGGGAGAUCUUUGGAUCUGUGUCUCAAAAAGGUCAGCGGGGCAGGGGCGAGCGAGGAGCCGGGCGGAUGGGGAUGAGGAGCGGUCCGAGGCUCAGCCUUCCCACCCCCUUUCUCAGCCCCUCUGAGGGCAUGGCUGUGCAGGCCGGUGUCUGAAGGGAAUUCAUUGCCCGCUUAGCACGGGGCCUUCAUCUCAAGCCACCCCUAUUGGCAGCCGCCGCCUCCUCCUCAUCCCCAGAGCUUCACCCCGAAGCCCAACCGUCGUUGCCCCAGAAGCGCCGUGACUAUUCUGGGCCUUGACUCUGAGCCUCGGACUCAGUUGGGCCCGUAGCUCCGAUCCAGCCUGCGCCGCUCACAGCCCGCCGGGGAUUCAAGCUGGAUGUGCCAGCCUGUCCGUUCAAAGAUGGUACCCGCUUCCUCUCCCCUCACCCCCGCCAGAGGCCCGUCAAGCUCCGGCUCGGUCACCGGGCGAUCGGGGUGCAGGCGGAAGCGGCAGGGUUGAAGUUGGGUCACAACACAAAUGGGCUGACGAAAUACUUUCCACUCGCCGUUUCGAAAAGAUGAUAACUUCCGCCCCCGCCGCUUCCUCUCCUCCUCCCCCCCGCCCCCCGAAAGAUAAAUCCCCCGUACACGAAUCGCGUGAAGCCGGAAGGUGUCUUUGAAAUGGACGCCGAAUCGUCUCAGCAGGGAAAAGUCAGGCGCCGCUGGUAAAUUCAGUUACCUCGGGAUCGUCGUGCGGGCUGAGGGAACUGGCAGGGUGGAACUGGAGAGGUCGGCUUUCCCGGCUCUCUGCACGUACCAACGGGCAGGCGGGUGGCCGUAGAAACACCAAAGAUGCGUCGGGGUUGGAUGCCGCAUCAGAACGCCGCCCGACGGGUCUGAAAAUUUACCCAUUUUAAGAUUUAGGUGCGCAUUUUUUUUAUACACGUAACCUUUUAUUUAUAGAGGAAUAGAUUGAUUUCGUUCGGCCGCCAGCCGGGUGGACUCUAAACCCCGGCCCCAUAUCUCUCCGGCAUUGGCUCCUCCAAAGCGUCGAUUCCGUAAAAGGGUGUGUGUGGGAAGAGACUUUUUCCAGUGAACCGGCAAGAAGGGCGCUGGUGCCCAGGCCCCUGAAGGGACGCCCACCUUUGCUACCGUCCUCCAACGCUUCUCCCUCCCACCGUCGCCGGACAUCCCAGUAUGAAUCCCAAGCUUCCCGUGGCCCUCGAUCUUCCGUAUAAACGUGUUUCGGGGAGGCGGGGAAACCCAAAGCACUGUGACUCGAAAUAAAGCCGAGGGGCCGGCGACAAUAAAAUGAGAUUUGUGUAACCUCCUUCGGCGGACUUAUCUCCGGGGUGAUCCUGAGGGUCUCCCGUCCCGUCGGUGUCGCCUCCUGGGCCUGGAUCCAUCCCUUCCCCAACCCCCUUAUUGGCUCGAAUUCCAGAGAGGCAAGCGUGAGCCAGGGUUCCCACCGGGAAGCGGAGGCGCGAAAGUGUGACGUGAAACGGUAAGUCCUCUGGUCUGUGUCGGCGUCCGGGAAUUCAGAACUCUCUUCCCCCGUCCCUAAAUGCAUUAAGAUGGUUGGUGCCAUCCAGGGGUAAGCGCAAAGCCCUGGCAUGUUGGCGGGCGUCUACAAAGCCCAACAGGGCAGUGAUGGUGGACCAUGCCCAGUGGCCCCGGAGCCAAGAGCAGCCAGGAGAAACUGGAGACCGGUCCGUCGAUCAGCGGUAUUUAUUGAGUGCUGACCGUGCCGAGCCCUGUACUAAGCGCUUGGGAGAGUGCAGUAGAGAAAGCAGGCCAAUUUCUGCCCUCCAGGAGCUUACAGUUCAGCUGCCUGUUUGGCAACAGCUGAUAGUCAAAUUACACUGGCCCUUGAACCCGCAGGGGCUUCAGAUCUUCCCACAAGGCUCGGGCAGGGCCUCCACUCAACAAGGGGUUCUGUGAUUUCAACAGAACCACAUCCGUCUUCCCUGGAAACGGCGGUGACCUCAGGCAAAUCCUUCCUCCCCAGUCGCGACCCGUUGAAAUUCCGGGGACCCCUCUAUUGUCCGCGUGCGCGUCUCUGUAAGUUGAUCGACCCACAGCACUGACCGAAAUUCCCAAUGAAAAGAGACGGUUCUUGGUCAUUUGUACAAGCGCCACUAGGUCAGAAGAAGAAUUAAUUUUUUUACCGAUUAAAAGUGAUCAAAA